UUUAUACUAGUGUAAAUAUAGUUGAGUGUGGAAUCGCUAAAGUAUAUAUAAGUAUAUAAUAUACGUUUGUGCGGGUUGUUUGAUCCGCUGUUUUCUUGCUAAUUAAAGUAUAUGUGUAUACUGUUAAAGACACCACGAUGGCUGAACGAGGAGCACAUUUAACCACAGCAGCAGGUGAAGGAAGACCCUCGAUUUUUGAAGUUUUAGCUCAAGACUCAUUGAUGAGUGCCGUUAAACCUGCACUGCAGCACACAGCUAAAAUUCUGGCUGAAUCCAACCCUGCUCGUUAUGGCAUCCUGUGGAGGAAAUUCGAUGAGAUCUAUGCUGUCCUUGACCUUCUGUUGCAGCACCACUUCCUGCUACGUACCAGUGCCUCCUUUUCUGAGAACUUCUAUGGGCUCAAGCGCGCGGGCCCGGACGACAGCAGACUGGCGCAUCGUGGCCUCGGCCGCAGGAGACAUGUGCGCUCUCUGCUUCUCCUUGUGCUCCUCCCAUACCUCCGAAACAAACUCGAGAAGGUGCUGGCUCGUCAGAGAGACGAGGACGACUUCUCGAUACGGAUGCCCCAGUCCCUUGCUCAGAAGAUGUCCAGAGCCUUCCUGGCUGCCUAUCCUUACGUCUGUAUGGCGUGGGAUGGCUGGAGUUUUUGCCAUCAAUUGCUGUACAUUUUUGCCAAGGCACGCACACAUUCACCCCUGCUAUGGCUGGCGGGAGUCAAGUUGUCCCAUCUGACUGCUCAGGACAUCCGCAACUUAGAUUACAAGCCAGAGGGACGAUCAUUGAGCUCUAGUCAAAGCUUUGGAGGGCGGCUGCAGGGGGUCUUUUCCACCGUGCUUGGCAGUGUAGCCGUAUCCCUCUCCACCAGUCUGUCUAUGGGUGUGUUUUUCCUGCAGUUCUUGGAUUGGUGGUACUCCUCAGAGAACCAGACCACUAUGAAGUCCCUUACCUCUCUCCCUACACCUCCACCCCCGCUUCACCUGGAGGACCAAGAUGCCGCACUGGCACUCGAUAAAGUGUGUCCGCUUUGCAGGAAAGUGCGCAGUAACGACACGGCCUUGGCCACGUCUGGCUACGUUUUCUGUUACCGCUGCAUUUAUACGUACGUGAGAACUAAUCACAAAUGUCCGCUAACAGGUUACCCAUCUGAACUACAACACUUAAUUAAGAUCUAUUCUCCAGAUGCUUAGAACUGAUCAUAUGACCAUGCGACCAUGCAUGCUGGGAAAUGACUCACUUUAGUUUCUUUUUUAGUGAGUCAGAUCAUUUGACUCAACUUGUGUAAUGAGGUUUUUUUUUUUUUAAAUACCAUUUAAGGAUUGUAAUUAUGACCAAUAAUCGUCCUUCUUUGGCUAAUUAUGACCGAUAUUGCUUAUUGAAAUAAUUUUUAAUGAACUCUACACAUGCAAUUCUUAUAUGCUAACUGACAAAACCAUUCAGCAUCCCUGCACUGUGCAGCGUGUGUGGAUUUAUGUCCAUUUAUCCUGACAACUGAUCACACCCCGUGAUCCACUCGUCUCACACGCAGGAGUCGACUCGGAAAAGUGGCGAAUCAAGAGAGUCGACACGUUUGAAGCGAGGUGAACAGUGCUGGCUUUGAUACGCUGUUAAUUUACCGUUUUAGAAUUUCAUUGCUUUUCCUAUUUUAAAUACAUUUUCUGAACAUUAUAGUGCUAAAAAAUACCUUGUGCAUCAUCUGUUUAUAGAUUAAAGUCAGGAAUCUAUUGAAUUCACUGAAUCGACACUUGAGUUAAAAGUCUAAUUCUCUCCAUUCAGUUUCUUUUGUUUUCUUACAUCCUUAUUUUUGUUUUUAAUAAAAAAAAAGUUGUGCAAAUUGUGCCGGAAGUAACAGAGCCACAACAGGAAAUUGAUUCAUUAACUGCCCUAAAGUGUGUAUGUGUAACAAUAAUACAACAUACAAAA